AUCAAUUCACAACCCUUGGGGCCUGGGGAAACCUGUCUGACAUAAUUCCUGUUCUAAAGCUGCUCCAAGUUACCUGACUUGAACAUUAGUGAAGCCUCUUUGGUGUCCAACCUCUUAUCAGUUCAAGUGCUUUCAUGAUCGAGUCCUUCCUAAUUACUGACAGCAACUCGGGAGCCCCUCCUGUUUGUCAAUGACCUUUUUUAGUAGGCCUACUGCAGAGACUCAGCACCAAGGAGUUUCAGAACAGAGGACAGCGCUCCCCCGACCACCAAACAUGGGACAGACACACCAGACCGAGCAGAAUGACCCGGAGAUCGAUGUCAAGGCACUCCAGGACAUGUACAAAAAGUUUGUGACAGAGUGCCCGAGCGGUGUUUUAUUUAUCCACGAGUUCAAGCGUUUUUUUGGCAUCGACCCAACUGGGGAAGUCUCUGAGUAUGCGGAGAGCAUGUUUCGAGCUUUUGACAAGAAUGGGGAUAACACCAUUGAUUUUCUGGAGUUUGUGGCAGCCUUGAAUCUGGUCUUCCGGGGGGACUUGGAGCACAAAUUACGCUGGUCAUUUAAAGUGUACGACAAGGACGGCAACGGCUAUGUAGAUAGGACAGAACUGCGAGCUAUUAUUGAUAGUAUAUAUCGAUUAAAGAAGGCGUCCAAGAGAGAGCAGGAGGAUAUGCAGCUGUCGGUGAAUGAAGUGUGUGAUAGCAUACUGAAGACUGUGGAUGUGAACAGGGACGGGCACAUCACCCUGGAGGAGUUCAUCAAGGGGGCCCAGGGAGACCCAUGGAUCAUGAACAUGCUCCAACUGGACAUGAACCCUUAUGGCUGGGUGCUGGAACAGAGAAGGAAGAGCGUACACUUUUAAAAUGACUGGAAAGACAAAAGCAUCUUCAUUUAACAGUUUUCUUGAUUUUUUCCCCCCUUUUUUUUCUUAAACUAAAUUAGGUUCCAAAUCAAUUGCACAUAAUAGGAAAAAAUACAUUGCAGAUUCAUUCGGAUUGUUUAAGCUAGUUUUAAUUAUAAGGACAGGAAUGGUUGUGUCGAUUACCUUUCAUAAAUCCCAUGAGAUCUUCAUUCUGAGUGAACCUGCAGUGCAGUUUUUCUUCAUCUGUAGAUGAUUUCAUUUGGGCCAUAUGACUUAAUUGGGGCCUUAAAACAAUGUCAGUUCCACUUGAACUACUUUGCAGAUAUGAAACAAACAGACAAUCAUAAUAUCAAUACAAAAUAUAAAACUCCCAGUUCAUGCUACAAAACCAACUUAAGAGGUUUUAAAAAUAGGGUAUAUUUCACUCAAAAUUCCAUGACAUACAGUAAGGCAUUGUUGGGAGAAUAGAUGGAUGCAGUUCAAUGCAUGAGUAAUAUAAUUCACCAAUACAGUGCAUUGGGAAAGUAUUCAGAC